AUAAGAAUUUGUGGUCGCUCUUUGGGUAUUUCAAACAAGAGAUUACAAAUUUACUAUUUUUUGUGUAGUUUUUAGAGUGCUUGGUACUCUAUAACAACGAGUGAGGCUAUCAUUUUUUUUUUUUUUGUGUACAAAGAGCCAUUUAGAGCAUCUUCAAUGAUUGUAGCUAGGAUUUGCUUGCAAUUUGCAAAAGUUUCAAGCUACUAAGAUUAAUCAUUGGAGUUAAAAUAACAAAUUAGCUAAUUUACUUGACAAAAAGAUGGGAAAAAAGAGGAAGUGACAAUUAAUUUGCGUGAUGUACAAAUAAGGGAAGAAAAGCACUGAUUGGGAGAUUUCACAACCAAAAUCCAAGAGUAUUGUUCUACUCUCCGUCCUUUAAUACUCAAUCCGGUUUGACUUUUUGCACUAUUCACCUAAUUCACUCUGAGCCUAUUUUAUAUCUAGUAUAUGAAAAUAAAUGUUAGUAUAUAAUAUAUUGUUGGCUUAAUCUUAAUAUAUAUUUUUAAAAUAUUAAUAUUUUUAUAAGUUUUUAUAAUAUGUAGUUAAAGAAGUUGGUGGUCAAAGUUGUGCAUUGACAAGCGUGUCCGGUCAAAACAGGUCGAGUAUUAAGGGACUGAGGGAGUAGUAUUUUUGUGGUCCAAAUAACUUAAUUCAGAGCUUUUUCGGGUAAAAAUGCUUAAAGAUGUGAAAAUUCUCAAUAUAAUAUUAAACCAUUUGUUAGUUUAUAUGGUACCAUAUUAUAAAUUUUCAUUUCAAACAUGAUAUAUUAUGUUGCUUGUGGGAUUAGUAUGCUUCGUCAACAACAAUUUUCUAUAGUGAGUAUAAUAAAGAGUUGAGAAGUGGUGGUACUAGCGUCCAAUGGAGGUAGAUGUUAUAUGAAAAUUAACCUUGCUCCUCCCAAGUGCAUAUUUAUUUCUUGGCUAGACAGUUUAAGUAGAUUGAGUACAUGUGCCAAUUUACUUAAAAUUGGAUUGCAUUGUAACCAACUAUGUUGUUUGUGUAAUAAGGACAAUUAGAUUAUUUCUCAUUUGUUCUUCGUGUGUGAAUUUUCUAGUAGGGUAUGGAGUAGUAUUACGUAAGUGGCUUGGUGUGCAAAGGAGGAUGGAGGAUCAUGCUGAACUUUCAGUAGACUAAUUAGAGGUUGGACGUAGAUAUUGUGAGACAAAUUCUAGUUAUGAUUUACAUUAGGUGUUAUAGUACGAAGAAACUAUUUGUUGUUCUUCCUUGAUGGCUUUUUAUCGUUGGUGCUUCUUGGCUUCUUUCUGUGCUUUUGUGUAUGGUUGCCUGACCUAAUCGUCUUUUGUUGUAGUUUGUAUAUAUUUUGGACACUUUUUUCCUUUUGGUAAUAAAUAAAUUUCUACUACUUACCAAAAAAAUUAAAAAAUUAAACAAUUUACACAUUAAAAAGAUGAGAAGUUAAAAAAAGCUAAGAAGAGGAGAAAAAUAGAAAACGGAAGGAAACUAAAACUUAAAACUAAUUUUUUGCAUGUUCUUUAUUAGAUUUGAAAAGUGUCAUAACCAGAAUAUAACUAAGAUUUCUUAUGAUUUUUUUAUCAUCCACAAAAUUUCUUAAUUUUACCAUUGCAGAUUUAUAUGGUAAUACUAAUAUUAAUUUUUGAAUAAGCGUUCAAUCUUCACAUAGGUCGCAAAGAAAAGGUAAAGCAUUUCUAAUAUCAUGGGGAAACUUACACAAGCAAGACAAAUAAAUAACAUUCACGCUACUGAUGACAAAACAAGUACAAACUUCAAACUGGCGCAUAUGUUUCAUGUCCUUGACUACCAUCGUUGGCACUAUGUCAAGAAAGUCUUGUCCAAUAAAAAACAUUACGAAGAAAGACAUGCUUCAGGAAGUGACCCAAAAGCUAUAGCUAAUGAGAAUGACCAAUGUUACAGUAAAGAGGUAAUUGAGAAUUCCCAAUUUGAAGCACAUAAUACAAGUUGGAGUCUUUUUGGCAAAAACUCAUCAUUCCACUCAAGUCCACGAUCUGAGAGUUCCCCUUCAACGCCAUUUAAGCAACCUAAAAGCUCUCGAGCAUUAAGGAUUAGCAAAAUGAUCAUCAAAGAAGUCACAAAAAGAAAAGGUCGUCACAGAAGAAGUUCAACUUGCCCAACUGGCUCGGAAUUAGAGGGAACUACCCUUGCUAACCAACACAUGGAUAUUAUAGGUGAAGAAAUCGGCCUUGAAACUAAACAAGAUAUAAUUCCAAGCCAAAAUAUAACUGAAAGUAAUGGAAAAUGUGAUCUUUGUAGCUCCAUGAAAAUAGAAUGUCGGUUAGGAGGGAAUACACAACCUGAAAAACAAGUAGAUAAACCUCUUGUGUAUUAUGAGUUGCCAUUUAAGGGGAAAAUUGAUACAAGUGCAUCAUUUCAUCAUUCAAAGGAGUUCCUCGAUGCUCUAUGUGUAUUAGGAAUGAAUAAAGAGUUUUCCUUGAAUGUUUUAGAUGAUCCAGGGUCUUCUCUAAGAAAUGGUUUAUUAACAAAGCAAUUGCAAGCAACAAGAUCCAUCAAAAGGAAAUUCUUAGAAAAAUUGGGGACCUUCCCUAUUAAUGAGUCCUCAGGUAUAAAAGACUUUUCUUUCUCUGGUUCAUAUAAGAGAAGAGAUAAGUCAGACAUGGUGGAAAAUAAACCGCAACAAAACCUAAACAACACAAACACAAAUAGUGGUCAGAUUGUAGGAAGAAGAUUUAAAGAUCUUAGGCAAAAAAUUAAACAUUUGAUUAAGGAGAACAGAAAAGAGAGAAGACGAAUUGCAAUGGAUGCGAUCCUUCAUAAAGUUCCUUAUGGACAUAAAGUUUACGAACAAAGUAUGAAAGAAAGUCCUUGUGUUAGUAUAUGCGACAGUGAUUCUUCAAAUAAGGAGCGAAAAUCUCAUAAAAAAAGAUCAUCUUCCCUUGACGAGUCUCUAGAUAAGUAUUGUCAAUUAUUUGAGGCAACUAGUGUGGGUAUUGGUAAAGAGGAGAAAAUUAAUACUCCUGAAAUAUCAAGGUUGAGAGUCGUGAAUGAAAAUUCAUCCAAAAGGGUUUUUGGAAGGAUGUUUUCAUCUCCAGAUUUUCAUGAUACGUCAGAUGAUUAUGAAGAUGGAAACAUGUCAUUUACAUUACCAAGUAGGAGAACGAUGAGUUUUAGCGAAAGAAAAGGGGAUGAUGAUUUGAGUAUUAAUAUUGCAACUAUAACCCAAUUCAAUCAAAGUAAAGAACCUAUAUUUAAUGAUUUAGAUGACUAUGUUGAAAUUAGCAAUGUAGAAGGCUUUUCAUUGGUUGAUAUUCAUGAAGAAAAUACCAAAGCUGACCACGAUGGCACAUAUAUUGAAACCACAAAUGCUCAUGGAGUAGCCAUUUGUGAUGACAAUGGUAGAAUCAUAGUCACUCCUUGUCCCUCAAUAACAUCCGUUGAAUCUCAUCAGCAAAUGGACUCCAACGAAAAUAAAGAGAUACUAUUGGAAGAUUCUGAAUUAGCGCAACAAGAGGACUUUUUUAUGGAUUCACCUUGGGGAUCUUAUAUAAAAGUUGAUGAAAAUGGAGAAAACAUUGUUGAAGAUGAAGAAAAGAGGCUUAUGCACUUUAUACCUCCAAAUCAUCACCAUAUACGAGUCAGUGAUUAUGAAAUAGAAGAAUUUAAGUAUGUUAGAAACAUCUUAGAACUUUCGGGUUAUUUGGGAACCCAACUUCUUGGAACAUGGUACUCUUCUGAUCAACCAGUGGACCCUUGUGUGUUUGUUGAAUUAGAAAGUUGUUCAUUGCUCGAUCUAGAUUGUUCAAACUUUAAAGAUGAUAAACAAAGUAGCCACUUACUUUUAUUUGAUAUGAUUAAUGAGGUACUAUUAUCCAUCUACGAAAGAUCAGUAUCAUAUUGGUCAUCACCUUUGUCCUCAUGCUCUCGAAAGCAUCCGAUGCCUAAGGGACACUAUGUAUUAGAGGAGGUUUGGAGUGGUAUCAAUUGGUAUAUGUGUUGUUCUAAGCCCGAUUUUGAUCCCUCUUUAGAUAAUAUUACAACACGAGAUCUUGCUAAGUAUGAUGGAUGGAUGAAUCUUCAAUUUGAUGCUGAAUGUGUUGGACUAGAGGUUGAAGACUUAAUCUUUGAAGAUCUUUUGAAUGAAUUUAUGCCCUAAUCCUCCAAAUAAUUGCCCACAUAUUUUCUAUUCUGAUUUUUUUCUAUGCAUUUUUUUUUAUGUGUCUUUUACAGAAUUUUAAAAGAGAUUAGUCAGUAACAAGUUCCUUUUUUCCGACAAACACCUCAAACGUACACGUAGUAUUUUAUAAUUUUUAUAUAUAAUUAAAUAAACUUUUAUGCAACAACACUUUUAACACAAUAUUUUGUUUAAGUUAUAUUGUUUCUUUGAUCCUCUUAACUAAUUUUUUUUCUCAUA